AUGGAAGUUACUGUUAUUAAUGCGACAUCAGCCGACUCCGUCAUGGCUAAAGGCUGUAAGUCGUGUUACACCCAAGUAAUCUGUUUGAAAACAAUUUUGAUUAGCGCUUUGUUAGCUAUUGGGUAUUGCAUCAGGGGCACCCAACGAGAAUAUAGUUCAAAACCACAUAAACAUAGCAUUGUUGAACGUACUUUAGUAUUUUAACGGUAGAUAAAGGCUUAUUUUUAUCCCCUAAAAAUUUUUCAUCUGUUCGGAUUUCCUAGCUGAAAGUACAGUGAUCCGAAAAUUAUAGGGAUCAAAAUUAACCUUUUCGAAAAUUUCAGCCAGAAAAAAGGCUUCCGAAAAUUCUAGGUGACCUUUUUAGGGUAAAAAUCCGUUAAAAAUGGGCAAUUAUACCACUUCUUUGAUGUUCGAAAAUCCUAGGAGAGGCAGGCAAGCAAGAAAUUUUACAGGAAAUGAUCCGAAAAUUCUAGAUCUCAAAUCGUCUUCCGAACAGAUAGUUUUCCGAAAAUUGUCGUUGGGUGCCCCUGUUGCAUUAGCCGUUAAUUUCACAAAUCACGCACAAGAAAUCUAUACCGGGGUGUCUCUUCAGCUCAAACAGGGUUUUUCCUCCGUUUACAAUUACCAAACGUACAGCGAACAGGGGGUAACAUUGCGAAAUAAUUGUAGGCGAUCCAAAAGCUUAUCUUUCGCCCAUUUCUAAAUAUUGUAACACAGCAUGUCGGUAACCAAAACCUAAAGGAAAACAGACUGGCGUCUAUAGUCAGAUGGUCCAUAAUUUUGUUUCCUGUGUUUUCCGAUUGUUUGAUUUGUUAAUUCACAGUUUGGUACAGCGACGGAAAUGAAUUACGGUUUACUAGUGUUAAUCUUUUAAAGAGCCCUUUUCCUCCAAAAAGUACGUUUACCUGAAUUUGAAGAAGAAUUUUUUCCCCAGCAUUGACAUCUAAUUCAAAUAAUUCGUUUCGGUGUAUAGGGGUAGAAGAUCAUAGUAUUUAGCAGCCCCUUUGCGCUUACGGCUUUUCAAGGAAGAUCCCCCUUUCAUUGAUUAAUAGCAGCGAUGAACAGCUACUUCAAUUAAUUAAUCUCGUCGGAUUUUAAGGCUAUGUGUACACUAAAUAUACCGGAUAGAUUUUCAUGUCGGUGCAGUAUAAACACCUGUUUACAGUUUGCAAAAGAGUGGCACCAAAAUCUAUCCAAUAUGUGACGAUCCACUUUCAGGGGAAAAGAAUGGUAAAUUCGAGACUGCGAGGUUUCAAAAUUUUAAACCGAGACUUUACUUCUAAAAAUUCCGAGCCCCAGGACUCUAAGCGCCCAAAAUUUACAAUGGUGCAAAUCAGUAAAGCUAACUAAAAUAACCAAAAACGUCAAUGAAAGCUAGCGGAAGCCCACCAAUAUACUGCUUUCCUUUGCUUUACUGUCUUAAUUUUAUAGCUCAGUUUGAUAAGCUGUCACCACGAAUUCUGAAAAAUUCGACUUCUCAAGACCAAACGGAAAGAAAAAACGACAGAUUCGAGACUCCGAGACUGCGAGACCCAUCCAAAACGCUUCCGCGAUUUUGAGAUCGGUCCAAACUUUUCUAAGACCUACGUUUGUCCAAGUACCAUUCUAUACCCUUAUACUUUCAGCACUAUCUGAGGAUGCUAUGGUCGUAAAACCGGCAAAUUUGGCCUAGGACCCUCUAGGAGAGUUCACAAAGAUCCUCGAUUGACGGAUCAUCCGUCUAGACAAAGAAGAAACAACAGGAACAACAACAAAAAUCUUUAUUUUCCUUGAUUCUCCUUUUUCACUGAAAUACACGGACCCGCAGGUAGCUAGUUCUAUUCUUGACUGGUCAUCUGUCGAGUAUUCUGUUAUGUACAAGAACAAGGAGCAGUGGUAAACUUAGACUCCCGUCUAUAAAGUUAGAAUGUACGGAAAAAGCCUUUUUUAUCAUGGUUGUGUAAUUUUUAAUCAGAUUUAGAUUUUUAGAUUUUUAUGAUUAAGUCUUUUAUAUAACAUUUUAUAGCUAUUUUUAUUUGUAGUUAAUUAUCACUAUUAUUUCGAUUCAAUUCAGUUUAUCAUAUAGGGCCUCUAUAGAUAGCAGUUUUUAUCUUGUCUUGGCUUUAUGGUCCCAGAUGUGAAAUACAACGAGGCUUACAUCUCAUUCGUUUUAGUCCAUCCCGAGUGGCGCCGAGGGGGGAUUGGAACCUACAUGAUUUAUCACUUAAUUCAAACUUGCUUGGGUAAAGACGUGACACUCCAUGUAUCAGUCACGAAUCCAGCCAUACUAAUGUAUCAGAAAUUUGGAUUUAAACCCGAGGAGUUCAUACGUGACUUUUAUAACCGAUAUUUACCCAACGAUAGUCCGCAGUGUAGGCAUGCGUUUUUCCUUCGACUUAGGAGAUAA